AUGGGUCAAGACGAUUACGCAGAAGUAGUCUCGGGAAGCGGUGGACUAAAGUUGAAGGGUAUUGGUCUACCACAAAAGAAAAAAAAGAAAAAAUCAUCAUCAUCAUCAUCGAAUAAAGAUCGACUUAAAUCAGAUAAUUUAAAUCCACCAUCUACUUCAACAUUAACAUCAACUUCUACAUCAACAUCCACAUCAACUUUAAACAAUCCAACACUUAAUCAAUUAGAAAGUUUAGGAAAUGUAACAAGAGUUGAAAAAACAUUAGCAGAACGUAGAUUUGAAGCAGUUCAAAAGAAAAGAUUAGCAGAGAAAGCUAAGAAACAAGCUUUAAAGACUCAUAAAGAUAGAGUAGCUGAUUUUAAUGAAAGGUUAGAAGCUCAAUCUGAACAUUUCGAUAUUCCAAAGGUCGGACCUGGUUAA